CCGGCUGCGCCGUGCGGCGCGGCGCCGGGGCUGGCGGUGGGCGCGCAUGCGCCUGGAGCGCGGCUGGCGGUGUGGGUGCGGGGCGCUGGGCCGGGCCUGUGCCCAUUGCGGAGCUGAGCGGCGCUGCCGAGGCGUGUGUGCGCGUCCGCGCCGGCGGGUGAUGCAGGGCGCCGUAGUCCCGGCGAGCGGAGAGGAGGUGUAUUUCAAGAAUCAUUCAAAACAGAAGCAAAAGGAAGUCAUGGAGAAGAAUGGAAACAACCACAAACUUCGUGUUUGUGUUGCUACUUGUAACCGUGCUGAUUACUCAAAAUUAGCUCCCAUUAUGUUCGGUAUUAAGGCAGAACCACAGUUCUUUGAGCUUGAUGUUGUGGUGCUUGGUUCCCACCUGAUUGAUGAUUAUGGUAAUACCUAUCGUAUGAUUGAACAAGAUGACUUUGAUAUUCAUACAAGACUGCACACUAUUGUGAGAGGCGAGGAUGAGGCGGCUAUGGUGGAGUCAGUGGGCCUUGCGUUGGUCAAGUUACCGGACGUACUGAACCGCCUCAAACCUGACAUAAUGAUAGUUCAUGGGGACAGAUUCGAUGCUUUGGCCCUGGCCACGUCUGCAGCCCUGAUGAACAUUCGCAUUCUCCACAUUGAAGGCGGGGAGGUCAGUGGGACCAUUGAUGACUCUAUCAGACACGCCAUAACCAAACUGGCCCACUACCACGUGUGCUGCACAAGGAGCGCCGAGCAGCACCUGAUAGCCAUGUGUGAAGACCAUGACCGCAUCCUUUUAGCAGGCUGUCCCUCCUAUGACAAGCUUCUCUCUGCCAAAAAUAAGGACUACAUGAGUAUUAUACGCAUGUGGCUAGGUGAAGAUGUCAAAACCAGAGAUUAUAUAGUUGCUUUGCAACACCCUGUAACCACAGAUAUUAAACAUUCCAUAAAGAUGUUUGAGCUGACACUAGAUGCACUCAUCUCCUUCAACAAGAGAACGCUUGUUCUGUUCCCUAAUGUGGAUGCAGGAAGCAAAGAGAUGGUUCGGGUGAUGAGGAAGAAGGGCAUUGAACAUCAUCCCAAUUUUCGGGCAGUAAAGCACGUCCCGUUCGACCAGUUCAUACAGCUAGUGGCUCAUGCUGGUUGUAUGAUUGGUAACAGCAGUUGUGGUGUCAGAGAGGUAGGAGCAUUUGGUACACCUGUUAUUAACCUGGGGACACGUCAGACAGGAAGAGAAACAGGUGAAAAUGUUCUACAUGUUCGUGAUGCUGAUACACAAGAUAAGAUUCUGCAUGCUCUACAGCUGCAGUUUGGUAAACAGUAUCCAUGCUCAAAAAUAUAUGGAGAUGGUAAUGCUGUUCCAAGGAUUUUGAAGUUCCUUAAGUCUAUUGACCUAAAAGAGCCACUACAAAAGAAAUUCUGUUUUCCUCCUGUCAAAGAUAAUAUCUCUCAAGAUAUUGACCAUAUUCUAGAGACACAGAGUGCUCUGGCUGUGGAUCUAGGCGGAACAAAUCUUCGAGUAGCAAUUGUCAGUAUGAAGGGUGAAAUAGUUAAGAAGUAUACCCAGCUCAACCCUAAAACUUAUGAAGACAGACUAGACUUAAUUCUAAAGAUGUGUGUAGAGGCUGCGUCGGAGGCAGUAAAUGUGAACUGCAGAAUUUUGGGAGUAGGUAUUUCCACAGGUGGACGGGUAAACCCCCGAGAAGGAAUUGUACUACACUCUACAAAACUCAUUCAGGAGUGGAGCUCUGUGGAUCUCAGAAGUCCAAUAUCUGAUGCUCUGCACCUGCCAGUCUGGGUGGACAAUGACGGAAACUGUGCUGCUCUAGCAGAGAGGAAAUUUGGGCAUGGAAAAGGAAUAGAAAAUUUUGUAACACUCAUUACUGGUACAGGAAUUGGAGGUGGAAUUGUUCAUCAACACGAAUUAAUCCAUGGCAGUUCUUUCUGCGCUGCUGAGCUUGGGCAUAUUGUUGUAUCUUUAGAUGGGCCAGAGUGCCUGUGUGGUAGCCAAGGAUGUAUAGAAGCAUAUGCCUCUGGAAUAGCAUUACAGAGAGAAGCUAAGAAACUGCAUGAUGAGGAUCUGCUUUUAGUAGAAGGAAUGUCAAUGAAGAAGGAGGAAGUUGUUAGCGCUGCACAUCUCAUUCAGGCAGCUAAACUUGGGAACACAAAAGCAGACAGCAUUCUCAGAACAGCUGGAACAGCAUUAGGCCUUGGAGUUGUGAACAUUCUGCACACCAUGAACCCCUCUCUUGUCAUCCUUUCUGGAGUUCUAGCUAGCCACUAUGUUAAUGCUGUCAAAGAUGUGAUAAAUCGACAGGCUCUGUCCUCUGUUAAAACUGUGGAUGUGGUGGUCUCAAAUCUAGCAGAUCCUGCUCUUCUUGGAGCUGCUAGCCUGGUACUGGAUUAUACUACACGUAGAAUAUACUAGGUACCUGGAAGCAUUCUAGAAAUGGACUAUUCAAAUUCCUAAUGGGUGGAGGGAAUACUUUGCCCAAAAUUUUUCUUUGAGAGCAGCUACUGAAUCAGAGUAGUGUUCUAAAUAGUGACUAUUUCAAUUUCUUAAUUGAGGUAUUAUCUUUUUGUAUUUUUCCUAAAUUUCAUCUGGCUUCAUAGGAACUACUGUGCAAUGCUGGUUUUUAAUGACCUCUGUUGGUAAGCGUGUAUGUUGCUUUAAGUGUAGUUGAAUUUAUUUAUGAGUGUAUCUUGAUGUAUGGUGGGGAAUGUGUGUAUGGUGUGUCAAAUUAUAUCUAGCACUUGGGGAUCCAUAUCUCAUUUCCCACCUAUGUGAAAUGAGAAAUCUACAAUGUAACCAGCUUUUCAGUUUCCAGGCUUCCAUCCACAAACUAUGUUGUAAUCACCAGUAGCAGGUAGUAAUUUCAGUGGGUGGAAACAAGGGAAUUUGUCUCGUCCAAAAGGCUGCCUCUAGAAACUGUGGUUCAUGAAGGACUUAAUGUAAAAAGUAACUGCCUCCACCAUCUUUAUAGGGCAGAGUCCCAUUUUAGAAGCUCUGCGUAUGAAGGAAAAACAGUGUGGUCUAGUGAGCUUAUACCCUGCAGAGCAGUCCAAACUGACAAGUGUAGCAGUGAGCAUCUUUUGUCUUCCGGCUGUGGCCAACAAUAAAUUGUCUGAAUUUUGUUGCUUGAGGUUUUAUCAAGGGACUUAAGUCUACUACUUUGCCAAAUUAGCAGAGGGGGUAGCCAGUUAGCUGAAGUUCAGCCGUGUGGCACAUCUAAUCAUAAAGACUCUGCCUUUCAAGAAAACCCUUCCACUGCAGGGUGACAUAGUGCCAUCUUCUCAGCAGUUCUGGUGGUUGCAGGUACACUGUUCUUGUCCUGCAUUCACCAUCAGCCCUGAGGAUGGAAAGUCAAAUCUAAGCCCCAUCCUCACUUUCAAGACAUUCAGAAGCCUGGGAGUGAAUAAUGUCAAAUACUAAUGAAGGCUUGCCUGUGUUUAACUAGUCCUUCUUGAUACAUAGCUCUGUCUUUAUCCAGCUGCUUUUUAGUACACUUUCAAUAUACUGUAGUAAUAACUACCUGACAAAAGCAGAAACUGAAAAACAGACCCAUCUAACUGACUGGAUAUCCCAGAAAAAGGUAUGUGUGGAGGGACAGUCACAAGACAAUCUUCUGUCCUGUAUUUAAUGGCCUAUUUUGACAUCUAACUCAGCCACUGAUUAUGUUCUCAGAAGCCCAGUAAUGUACUAGUACACGGGAAUAAAGGGGCUGUUUCCCUACUCUUUAACUUCUCCAGCCAAAGUGAAACAAGCUUCUGCAACCAGUGCACUCUGCUGUACAAUAAUCUUGGACUGAAUACCUGUUAGUAUAACAUACCACUCUACAGGCUAAUUCUGAGAUAUAAUCUACACAAGUUGCCUUCACCUCAUCCUCUCUUCACAAGGAUUGCUUACUGAGAACUCGCAUCUUCAGAGCAGAUUUCAGAAAGCCCACCAGAUCUCUUUCUUGAUGUCUCCAGGAAUAACUGUGCAGUCUCUAUACUGUAGUUUUUCUCAGAAUCAGCAAAUGGUUAAGAACAAAUAUUUCCAAAGCCAUAGUAGGCUUUAUGUCACCAGGGGUUCCUUUUCCUAUGUGUCUUGGUUUACUUGGUGAUUGCUGCUGACCAGUACCAAAGCAGUAGUUCCAUGAGCAGGUCAAGGAGAAUUUGGCUUUGCUCUACAGUGAUAGUUGCUUAGGUCAGGAGUAACAGUAUCGAGGCUCUAACAGAGAAGAGCCCUGUCGUUUGAUCUCUCAAUCCUCUAGCAUCACGAGGAAUGCCUGUCUAAAAGUGGGACCAGGCUUUGCCUUCUGGACUUGCUGAAGCUCUAUAUUUUUAAUGUCUUCAGACUCCAGAUACAUAUUUUUAUUCUUUUUUUAGCAGCUGAAGGGAGGAUGCAGGCAUAGAGAAAGCAUGAAAGACUAAAACUUACUUGAAAAGUUCUACUGUAAACACCUUUUCAUGUUUAUUCCUGUUAAGAAAAUGGUUCUUAAAAUGCUUGAAAAUACUUUUUCUGUCAACUGGACAAGAAUUUGCUGCGUAUGUGCAAGACAUACAGAAAUCCUUACAGUUUUCCCUGAGAAGUUUGUGGGUUUGUAAUAUCAGAAAGAAUAAAAAAAAUUGUAUUUAAUACAUA